AUGCUUACUGUGUCAGAGUAUGAGAAUUUAAUUGAUAUUAAAUGUUCAUCUUCUCUUAAACAAAAAUUUGGAGCUGAAAAUUUUGAUCUAAAUAAUUUUUGGAUUGGACUUCAAGAUGAAUAUCCUACAAUUGUUGAGAAAGCUUUUACAAUUCUGCUUCCGUUUGUGACGACUUACCGAUGCGAGACUGGUUUUUCAGCUUACGCUUACACAAAAAAAAAAUACAGAAAUAGACUUGAUGCAGCUCCAGAUCUUCGCAUUCAAUUAUCAAAUAUAAAGCCUAAUUUUAGUGAUAUUUUAAGAAAAUAUGUGAAAAAAUUUCAUUCUUCUCAUUAA